AGCAUUUAGCCACGUGAGCCGGUUUCCCUCCAGAAACAAACUCUUAUCUAAAUAUUCUCUGUAAAUAUGAGAGUUUCGGAGUAAAAAAUAUGACUUCAGAGAUCCUGUCUGCGAUGCAGACCCUCACCAGGCCGCCGGACGGCUCAUCUCCUCUCGGCUCGCCGUCCCCCCUGCUGGCAGCUCUGGAGGCCAACAGGGCCGCCCUCCUGGAGCGUCUCCGUGACGACGGCGGGCUGGAGGCGGUGCGACGGCUGCGCGAGGAGGCGAAGGCGGCGGCACCCUGGUACGGCGAGGGCGGCGAGGAGGACGGCGCCUGGCGGUUUGUGCAGGAGCUCCUCCUGCUGCUCCUCGCCUUGACGCGACACCUGAGCCGGGAGCUGCGGAGCUUCCGGGAGGCCCCGCCCCCUCCCGCCGGCUCGGCCCCGCCCCUCCCCCCCGACGUGCUGAGCGCGGCGCAGCAGAAGACGCUAGCGGCGGCGCUGCAGUUCGCCGUGCGCCUCGGGCUCCGCCCCCACCUGGCGCCCGGCGUGGGUGUCCCACUCGGCGCCCGGCCGGAGGAGCCGGCGGGCGAGGGGGCGGGGCCACAGGCCGGGCCACGCCUCCUGGUCGCCACAGAGGCGCUGCUGCAGGUGUCGCAGCUGUCCUCGCUCGCCGCCGUCCUGUUCAGCAGACAUCUGGGGGACGUGAUGGCGGCGCUGUGCCAGCUGGGACACCAGCCGCCGAGGGACGGGGGGACGCUCAGUACUGAGGAGCGCCGUCGUUGCCGAGAUUCUCUGCAGAACCUUCUGGAUAAAGUUUACCAGCCGCUGGUCGUGCGGGAGCUGCUGCUGCUGCAGGGCGGUCCCACGGCGGGCGGCGGUCCCGGGCCCCGCCCCCUCCGGGCCCCGGCUCCGGCCUGGCUGAGACGCCUCUGCGGCCGACUGCUGUCGGAGAGGCUGGUGAAGCCCGACGGCGUGCAGGCGGUGGUGCGGGCGGUGCUGGAGGGCGGCACGGGGGGCGAGUCGGACUGGAGGAAGUGUGACGCCGUGGCCCGGAUCCUGGUGGCCUGUCCUCAGCAGGCCGCCUCCGCAGAGCAGUACUUCCAGCUCCUCUGUCCUCAGAUCCUGAACCUGCUUCACUUCAGAGACAAGCUGACGGCGCAGCAGUUCCAGCGUGUGGCCACCAGGGCGGCGCUGUCCGUGGUCCAGGAGCGGCCCGCCUUCGCCAAGCAGUACCUGCUGCGCCCCCUGCUGGCGGCGCUGCGCCACUGCACCAACGCGGACGGCAGCGGGGCCUCAGAGGUGGACGAGGCCGAACUGUCACAGUGUUUGGACGACGUCUACAAGGUGUGUGUGGUCGGAAACACUCCGUCCCCGUGUCUCCUGGACGCUCUGGAGGAAGUCCUCCCCGUCAUCUUCACCCUGUUCUGCUUCACCAAGAAGAACGUCUCACACCUCCGCGCCCCCUGUCAGGAGGUGCUGCUGUGGUACCUGAGCCACGCCGAGCCCGCCGCCGCCCGCUCCGCCCUGCGGCGCCUGGCGGGCCUGCAGGAGGCGCCGGUGGGCGUGGCCGAGGGCUUCCGCUUCAGCCCGGGCAGCGAGGGAGGAGCCCGGCUGAGCCGCACCCACAGCUGCAGGGACGAGGACGAGGACGAGGACGAGCAGCUGUUUGAGCGUCUCUCAGAGCAGCAGUGGAGCCUCCAGGCUCUGAUGCAGCUGCUGGCUGAACUGAAGGGAAACCAGCUGCCUGCAGACUUCUUCCUGCUCCUGCUGCAGGAGCUGACCAGCUGGGUGGAGGGGGGGGAGGAGGAGGAGGAGGAGGAGGAGGAGGAGCCGGUCGUGUCGGCCAUGACACUGCUGCAGCUGGAGCAUCGUCUGCAGGGCGGAGCUGAGAGGAGGGGUCAGAGGUUAGCGCUGCUGCAGGUGCUGGCUGUGAUGGUGGAGAGUCUGGAGCACAGCCAGCUGCUGAGGAGCACCUCGCAGGUGGUGGAUUUCAUGGUGUCCCUGCUCCAGAGAGCUUGUGUCGGCCUGAACCGGGGCCCCGGACCAGGUGUUGAGAACCCCGUGGAGAGCCAGACGCUGAGCAUGGCGAUGGGCCUGGCGGCCACGCUGCUGUCGGGCCCUCAGCUCAGCUCGGAGGACUACUCGUCCAUGUCCCGGCUGCUCCCCCCUCUGGAGACGCUGGCUCAGCGGCACUCGGAUGCCUUCAUCCAGGAGCUGGCGUCGAACCUGCGAGCCGUCAUCGCCACGCACGGAGCGUACCGGCCCGACGACCUCGCCGCCGCCGCCGCCGCCGCCGCCCCGCCUCCACGCCCCACAAACCCGCCUCCACAAGCAGCCCUCCGGUCGGAGCCCCGGCCGCCGCCCAGGCCGCUUUCUGAUUGGCUGCUGGAGGCCUGUGACCCCGACGUGCCCACCCGGGCGCUCGCCCUCAGGACCCUCACACACCUGGUGCAGGUCAAAGACCCCGAGGCCGUCCGGGCCCAGGACAAGGUCCUCAUGCUCUUCUUAGAAAACCUGGAACAUGAAGACUCCUUCAUUUACCUGUCCGCCAUUCAAGGUCUGGCUGCUCUGGCGGACUCGUACCCUGACAGGAUCCUGGAUCGCCUCCUGCAGGACUUCCAGCUGGGCCCGUCGCUGCGUUCGUCCGACCCGCAGCGCUCGCUGGAGACCCGGCUGAAAGUGGGCGAGGUCCUGAUGAGGGCGAGCCAGGCCAUGGGGGAGCUGACGCCUCACCUGGGCCGGCCUCUGCUGGGUGUCUUCCUGCGAGGGACCAGGGACCCGGACCCUAGCGUCCGGGCCAGCAGCCUGUCCAACCUGGGCGAGCUGUGUCAGAGGAUGGACUACUCGCUGGGAGCUCUGGCUCAGGAGCUCAGCUCGUGUCUGACUGCUCUGAUAAAGACGGAGAAGGAGGUGGAGGUGAGGAGAGCUGCCGUCCACGUCAUCGUCCUCCUGCUCCGAGGCCUCAGCGACAAAACCACCCAGGUCCUGGGCGAUGUGCUCCUGGACCUGUACCGGGCCCUGAGGCUGGUGUCCCGCUCGGAUCCGGACCAGGUGGCGGUCCUGCAGGCCCAGCUGGCCCUGGAGGAGCUGGACGAGGUGAUGAGGAGGUUCCUCUUCCCCCAGCAGAAGCUGGAGAAGAAGAUCGUGGUGCUGCCGUAGCUGGAGGUGGAGGGACACCAGCAGCACCACCCGCCAGCUCCCAGCCUGCACUUUGUCCUUUUCAAUAAACAAU